AGGAAGGGAGCGAGGCGGAGUUGGUACCGCCGCCGGAUGCUGCGAGGAGGUGCCGCGGCCCCCCUGCGCUGCUGGUCGCUCACCUGAGCGGGCAGGAGGGCGGGGGAGGAGGAGGAGCCUCGGCCGAGCUGCGCGGAGCCCGGCGGCGGCGAGGCGGGCGGAGGGGCAGCCAGGCGGUCGGGCGAGGCGAUGGCGCCGGGUGCGUAGCGGGCAGGAGGCCCCGCGUCCCGCCGUGUGCGCCCGGCUGCCGGCGGGGGUGGCCGGCGGGCUUUGCCGAGGCCUAAGGAGCGGCCUCUCCCCUCGGAGCGCCGGGCGCGGCUCUGCCGCGGCCCGCACGAUGUCCACCCGCACGCCGCUGCCCACCGUCAAUGAGCGGGACACGGAGAACCACACCUCUGUGGAUGGAUACACUGAACCACACAUUCAGCCUAUCAAGUCAAGUAGCAGACAAAACAUCCCCCGAUGUAGGAACUCCAUAACAUCCACAAAUGAAGAGCAUCCUCACAUUGGAAAUUAUCGCUUACUGAAAACAAUAGGAAAAGGAAAUUUUGCCAAAGUGAAGCUGGCAAGGCAUGUGCUUACUGGAAGAGAGGUUGCUGUGAAAAUAAUAGAUAAAACCCAGCUAAAUCCUACUAGCCUGCAAAAGUUGUUUCGUGAAGUACGAAUAAUGAAGAUUCUGAAUCAUCCCAAUAUUGUAAAAUUAUUUGAAGUUAUUGAGACUGAAAAGACGUUGUAUUUGGUAAUGGAAUAUGCCAGUGGGGGCGAAGUGUUUGACUACCUAGUUGCACAUGGAAGAAUGAAAGAGAAAGAGGCUCGUUCAAAAUUCAGGCAGAUUGUAUCUGCUGUACAGUAUUGUCAUCAGAAAUGCAUAGUUCAUCGUGAUCUUAAGGCAGAAAACCUUCUACUUGAUUCAGAUAUGAACAUUAAAAUUGCAGACUUUGGGUUUAGUAACGAGUUCACAGUUGGUAAUAAACUAGACACGUUUUGUGGCAGCCCGCCUUACGCCGCUCCGGAACUUUUCCAAGGAAAGAAAUACGAUGGCCCUGAAGUGGAUGUGUGGAGCCUUGGGGUGAUUUUGUACACACUAGUGAGCGGAUCACUGCCAUUUGAUGGUCAGAAUCUAAAGGAACUGAGGGAGCGAGUACUGAGGGGCAAGUACCGCAUUCCAUUCUAUAUGUCCACAGACUGUGAAAAUCUACUGAAGAAGCUACUAGUACUGAAUCCAAUAAAACGAGGCAGCUUGGAACAAAUCAUGAAGGAUCGGUGGAUGAAUGUUGGCCAUGAAGAAGAAGAACUAAAGCCAUAUACUGAGCCUGAACCAGAUUUCAAUGACACCAAAAGAAUAGACAUUAUGGUCACAAUGGGCUUUUCAAGAGAAGAAAUCCAUGAAUCUUUAGUAAACCAAAAGUACGAUGAAGUCAUGGCCACUUACCUGCUUCUAGGUAGAAAACCACCUGAAUUUGAAGCAGGUGAUUCCUUGUCCAGCAGCAACUUGGGUCAAAGGUCUCGCCCCAGCAGCGACCUCAACAACAGCUCGGUGCAAUCCCCUGCUCACCUGAAGGUCCAGCGGAGCAUCUCCACCAACCAGAAACAGCGUCGGUUCAGCGACCACGUUGGCCCCUCAAUUCCUCCUGCUGUGUCAUACACAAAAAGGUCUCAGGCAAACAGUGUGGAAAGUGAGCAGAAAGAGGACUGGGACAAGGAUGUCUCACGCAAACUCGGCAGCACUACAGUGGGAUCCAAAGGAGAGAUGGCUGCAAGUCCACUUGUGGGUCCAGAAAGAAAGAAGUCAAGUGCAGUUACCAGUAAUAAUGUGUUUUCUGGUAGUGGAAUGACGAGGAGGAACACUUAUGUUUGUGAACGUAUUACUUCAGAUCGCUAUUCUGCAAUACAGAACGGGAAGGACAACAGCCUGACAGAAAUGUCUGCAAGCAGCACAUCCUCUGCAGGCUCUGCAGUGGCCUCUGUCUCUACACGCCCUCGGCAUCAAAAGUCUAUGUCUGCCUCUGGUCACCCUAUCAAAGUCACACUGCCAACCAUCAAAGAUGGUACUGAAGCUUACCGACCAAGCAGUGCAACUCAGAGAGUGCCUGCUGCCUCCCCAUCUGCUCAUAGCAUUAGCACCACCACUCCAGACCGGACUCGCUUUCCCCGGGGCAGCUCCAGCCGCAGCACUUUCCACGGGGAGCAGCUGCGGGAGCGGCGCAACGCCACCUACAACGGCCCGCCCGCCUCGCCCUCCCAUGAGACCGGGGCCGCCUUCGCGCACGCCAGGAGAGGGACGUCCACAGGCAUCAUCAGCAAGAUCACCUCCAAGUUCGUUCGCAGGGAUCCAAGUGAAGGCGAAGCCAGUGGCAGAACUGACACCUCAAGGAGUGUUUCUGGGGAGCCUAAAGACAGAGAGAAGGAGGAUAGCAAAGAUUCGAAGCCACGCUCCUUGCGCUUCACGUGGAGUAUGAAGACCACAAGUUCUAUGGACCCGAACGAUAUGAUGAGAGAGAUUCGGAAAGUGUUAGAUGCCAAUAACUGUGAUUAUGAACAAAAAGAGAGGUUUUUGCUCUUCUGUGUCCACGGUGAUGCACGACAAGACAGCCUUGUUCAGUGGGAGAUGGAAGUCUGCAAACUGCCACGAUUGUCGCUCAAUGGAGUUCGGUUCAAGAGAAUAUCUGGGACUUCUAUCGCAUUUAAGAACAUUGCAUCCAAGAUAGCAAAUGAGCUUAAGCUGUAAAGAGAGCCUAAAUUCUUUGGGAUCAGGGAAGAUUCAUAUAUGAUCUACACUUUGAAUGUACUGGUUUCGCCUAAUGUGAUUGGCCUGUGAAACUCCCCAUGUAGAAAUUGCCCUUAUUGCAAUAAGGUUAUACAUAGUUAUUCAGAAUUGUAAAGUUAAAUCCAGUAUGACCUAUAUUAAAUAACUGUAGCUAAAGAAGUUAUGUUCACAUGUACAGGUAAGUAUAUAGAGCAUUCUGUUCAUUUUAUGUUCAUAGAGUUGUAUAAUAAAAAGAUGACUGCUUAAAUUCAGAUCUUGUAUAGUUGUCUAGAUUUCUGCACAGAAAUGUAUGUUUGAUGCUUUGAGUUGGAAAAGUUCUUCCCUAUCAUUUACAUUUUUGGUGGGUUUUAUAAGUCUUACCUCUACCAUGCGUUUUUUAAAAAACUUGUGUCCUGAGUCAAAUGCACAAACUAGUUUUCACAACUGUAGCAUGACCAUUUUUAAUUAUUUAAAAAGAGUUCAUGAGUUGAACCAAAAGUCCAGGAGUUAUUGGCUUUUGUUCUACAUGAGACUGUUCCUGCUUAUCUUUGGCUCUUAUCUUUGUUAUUGGAUAGUGUUUAGUU